AUUAAGAAAAUAAUUUCAAAUAUUUGUGGAAGAUUAGUUAAAAACCAAGACAACGAUGAGCGGCAUAGUGUUUGAGGUAAACAAUGGAUUGGCAUCGGAAAACUGCCAGAAGCUGUAUCUGGAUCCAAUGACCGCUGAUGUGCAUUUCGUGUUCAGCAUGAGCGCAAAAAAUAUUUCAUCACACAAGAUUAUCCUAUCUGUUGGUAGUCCUGUGUUCCAUGCCAUGUUCUAUGGUUCGUUACCUGAGAAAGGAGACGUUGUCAUUAAGGAUGCAUCUCCCGGUGCGUUUAAAGAGUUUUUGCAAUUUUUCUACUUGAGCAAAGUGCAACUAUCAUCGGAACACAUCUUUCAAGUGGCCAAUUUGUGCAAGAAAUAUGCGGUAAACGAGGGAUUAAAGCUGUGCGAAGCUCCGAUAAUGCAGUCACUGACAAUCAACAACAUGUGUACGGGUUAUGCAGCGGCAUUACUACUUAAUAUGAAAAUCGUCAUCGAAUUCUGUGAACGAAAAAUCAAGCAAGAGGCAACGAAAAUUCUGAAAUCGGCUGAUUUCUUGGAUUGUGACCACAUGCUACUGGACAAAAUACUACAGUUGGUAUCAUCGAAAUGCAGCGCAUUGGAUAUUGUUGGUACAUUGAUGGCUUGGGCCAAGGCCGAAUGCAUACGGGAAAAAAUGCCUGGAAUUCCGGCAAACCUUCGGGAACAACUCAACCAUUCAUACCAUCGAAUUCCAUUCCAUGAAUUGUCCCACGAACAAUUCGCACGGCACAUCGUUAUGUAUCCCGGGUUUUUUACAAACACAGAUUUGGAAACGAUCGUUUUGAAGAUCUUGUCAAAGAAGGCACAUAUGAGUGCGUUGACAUACCCAGAGCCACUAGUACGAAGACUGGAUUGUGAUCGACAGGUUGAUAAUAGCUCCGUGGACUUUUAUAUUCAUCUUUCGAUGCCAAACUCGAGCUUUUUCAUUGCAAACAAAGACCUUUUUCUAACCGAGUUGUAUUUAGCGAAAUCAUCAUUACCUAAUGAUUUGGUCGGUCAGGUGACCAUUUUUCCACGGAGUCAGCCAAUUUCGACUGAACAUGAAUUUGUACUAUCUUCCGGUAAAGAGACUCAUCUCAUUCUUCCAACGCCAGUAAAAAUUGAUGCAAAUACUGAGUAUGGUAUCCGGCUCAAUGCUCCGAUGGGAAGUAUCGGUUUCAAGAGAAGGCCACUCAAUCAAUGCGUCAAAUUAAGGGAUGACAUCAACAUUCGCUUUAUCAAUGACCAAGGCAUGGUGACACGGCUUGUAUUCCAACAGCCAAUUGGGUAGUUUUGGAUAAACUUUGUCAUAGCGACUCGACCAGCCUCUUCUUGGCCUAUUACAGUGACAACAUCUAAAAAAAAACAACAUUUAGAUUUCAUACACUGGAGUUGAUUCAACGAUUUCAAUUGCUCUAAGUGAACAUUUUAAAUAUGUCAAACAGUUUCAUCCUUUGUCACAGAGUCUUUGAAUAAAUCAUAGAAAAAAUUUAAUUGUUGAUUUUUACUUCAUAUUUCAAGAAUCAUUU